AUGUCUGAGGCAGCUGACGAAAAUUAUAUUUCAAAAGGUCGUUAUCACAAACGUACUUUUACUGGUUUCAGGAAACAAGAUCUCAAAAAAGAAAUAGCCAAAUGGUCUCCAAGAACUUUGGAUUUAUGGGAAAAACAUGCUGUCUCUGAAAAUGAUGAUAAGGAAAGCUUUCAAAGUUCCUUCGUUCGUCACGUGACAUCCACACUUGCCCGAUCAGUUUAUAAUAUCGAUAACUUUAGUGCGUAUCAAGCAACAGCUCACACUGUUCGAGAUCGAUUGAUCAAGCGAUGGAAUGACACACAACAAGUACAUGCCGAAGUUGGUCUAAAGCGUGUUUAUUAUCUUUCUUUGGAAUUCUUAUUGGGUAGAUCAUUAGAUAAUGCUCUUCUUAAUCUAGGAUUGAAAGAAAAUUAUGGAGAGGGUAUCAAAGACUUGGGUUUCAGGAUGGAAGAUAUUCUCGACCAAGAGGUUGACGCUGCUCUUGGCAACGGUGGUUUGGGUCGCCUUGCUGCUUGUUAUAUGGAUUCUUUAGCUACAUUAGAUUAUCCGGCUUGGGGUUACGGUCUCAGAUACACUUAUGGUAUUUUUCAACAAAGAUUAAACGAUGGUUUCCAAGUCGAAUUCCCAGAUUAUUGGUUAAAUUUUGAUAAUCCAUGGGAAUUACCUAGACUUGAUGUUGUUAUCGAUACUCAUUUCGGUGGUACUGUUAGUAGAUAUACUGAUGAUAAAGGUCGAGUACGGGCCAUCUGGGAAGGGGGUGAACCAAUUCAAGCCGUGGCUUAUGACGUACCUAUUCCUGGUUACGGUACUAAGAAUUGCAUCAAUAUUCGUCUAUGGAGUAGUAAACCAAAACGUCAAUUCGAUCUUAAACAUUUCAACGAAGGUCAAUACGAGAAAGCAGUUCAAGCACAAAUGGAGGCUGAAAACAUUACCGCAGUUUUAUACCCGAAUGAUAACCAUAUGGUCGGCAAGGAAUUGCGUCUUAAACAACAAUACUUUUGGGUUGCCGCCAGUCUUGCAGACAUAGUCCGUCGGUUUAAGAAAACUGAAAGACCAUUUGUCGACUUUCCGUAUAUGGUUGCUAUUCAAUUAAAUGAUACCCAUCCUACACUUGCCAUUGUCGAAUUACAAAGAAUCUUGGUUGAUAUCGAGGGUCUCGACUGGGAUGAUGCAUGGGAAAUCGUUACCAAUACAUUUGCAUUCACAAAUCACACAAUUCUUCCUGAAGCUAUGGAAAAAUGGCCUGUUCCUGUGAUAUCAUAUUUGUUACCAAGACAUAUGCAGAUUAUUUUUGAUAUCAACCUAUACUUCUUACAAAAUGUCGAACGAAAAUUUCCUGAUGAUCGUGAUAUUUUAGCAAGAUUAUCUAUUAUUGAAGAAUCGACGCCACAAUUUGUGAGGUAUAUUGAAUUUGUUUGA